UCUUUCAUCGUCUUCCUCCUUUUGAGUACUAUUUUCUCCAGUCUGGAGACUCGAUCAAUUCUCAGUUCUCAAUUCUCAACUCUGUAGCUGUUCGUUGGAUCCUUCAAUUUUACAGGCCAGGAAUUCUCGAUCUUCCUUCAGGGGAAAUGAGUGAAGUAUUUGAAGGAUACGAGCGUCAGUACUGCGAGCUCUCUGCAAAUUUAUUCAGGAAAUGUAACUCAACUUCUCUUCUUCCUGAUGGAGCAGAGGACAAGAAGAAGCAGCUUUCUGAGAUAAAUGCAGGAGUUGAUGAGGCUGAAGUUGUGAUAAGGAAAAUGGAUCUUGAGGCCAGAAGUUUGCAGCCAAGUCUGAAGGCUGUUUUACUGGCCAAGUUACGGGAAUAUAAAGCUGAUCUGAACAAACUUAAGAAGGAAGCCACUAAAGCUUCGUUGUUUAAUGUGAAUGAUUCACGUGAUGAGUUGUUGGAGUCUGGAAUGGCAGAUGCCCACACGGCUUCUGCUAGUCAAAGAGACAGGUUAGUGAUGUCAACAGAAAGACUGAAUCAGUCAAGUGAAAGGAUCAAGGAGAGUAGGAGGACCGCAUUUGAGACAGAAGCACUAGGUGCUUCCAUCUUGGAAGAUUUGCAUCAACAACGUGAAACUCUGCUGCAUUCCCAUAAUAAGCUUCAUGGAAUAGAUGAUGCUAUUGACAAAAGCAAAAAGGUCUUAACAUCCAUGACUAGAAGAAUGAGCAGGCAUAAACUGAUUACUGGUUCACUGAUUGCGGUUCUGGUUAUCGCAAUUAUCAUCAUUCUAUAUUUUAAGUUGUUUCGCAAUUGAACUCUAGGUGUAAAUAAAAUGGGAAAGUUAUGAUUCUUCCUUUGAAUUGGACUUGUUAUAUAUAUAUAUUCUCUACCUUUACUUUACUUUGCUUGCAUAAAUGGUAUAUUCUGAAGAAAACAUUCUUAAUCUAAUGUUAUCAUGUUGAAUUAUUGUAA